AUGGAACAUACUCUGCAAAUGGACAUGCAGAAACAUGCUCUGAAUCUGGGAGCAUCGUACAUCAACAGAGCGGUGUCUUUCAGCCGGUUUGACUCUGUCAGAAGAUACUUCCAGAUCGACAACGCGUACCUACUCCGCAAACUAUUUCUAAUUGUGUACCCGUACAAUGGCAAUAUGUGGCAGAAGUACACAGACAGAGACAUUCCUUCUGUUUCAAUAGGCCAUCCUGACUUGUACAUUCCCCUGAUGGCCAUUAUAACGUACGUCCUGUGCAUAGCAUGCGAGAUGGAGGUGCAGGGGAAGUUUAGACCUGAAACGCUUGGGAAGAUAACCACAAAAUCUCUGCUUCUGGCGCUCCUGGAGACUGCUGUGAUAAAAGCAGCGAGCUUUUUCUUCGACUCCACAUCGCUGGACAUUUCAGUCAUUCUCUCGUUUAUAGGAUACAAGUACGUGACAAUUACGAUAAUGAAAAUAAUAUCCACGCUCUUUCCCAUCAUGCUUUCAAAGAUGUCUUCGAUCUUUCUGACGAUUUCCUUUGCUCUGUUCUUGGGGAAGUCUUUGAAGUACUUUCUUAUCUCAAAUGACCACGAAAUUACAAUCAAAAAAAGAAAGAUGUACUUCCUGUUUUCCAUUGUCAUCUUAGAAAGCAUUUUACUUUUGGCCCUAAAAUAA